UUUUCACCUCUGUGAUAAGAUGCCAUCUCUCUCCCCUCUGGGAAGAAGCCCAACUCUCUAGCUGUCUCCCCCCACAACCACAGUCUUCCUUUCACCCUCUCCCUCUCUCAAAUAAACCCUUGCAGAACCCUUCCUUCUUCCAUUCUUGCUGCUCAACUUGUUCUUGUAUCGCCGUUUGAUCGUGAAUUCGUACACUGGGUAUGGAGUCCCCGGAGUUUUUCCUGGCCGGAAGCUUCCGAGCGGGGCCGCCGCAAAUGUCGCAGGAGAUGAAGUUCUGCGACAUUAAGGGUGCCGAUUUCUUCCCCAUUGAGGACCUGCUCGACUUCUCCAACGAGGACGCCUCGGGGCUGCCCGACGCCGCGGCGGGGAACUCCACCGAUUCCUCGACCAUCACCGUUGCCGAGACGGGCGGGAGCUGCAAUUCGUCCUUCUCAGGCGACUGCCGCAACCUCACGGACUCGCAUUUCCCGGGGGAGCUUUGCGUACCCUAUGACGAUCUCCCGGAGUUGGAGUGGCUUUCGAAUUUCGUGGAGGACUCCUUCUCGAGCGACGAUUUCCAGAAGCUUCAGAUCGUCACGAGCGUCAACACGAAGGACGACGCCACCGGGGUGCUGGAGUACAAGUGCUCUGCCGACAACCCGUCGGCCUCGCUCCCGCCGGCACGGCAGAACCCGAGCUUCAACCCGGACGCUCCCGUGCCCGCCCGGGCUCGGAGCAAGCGCUCCCGGACGGCCGCUUGCAACUGGUCCUCGCGCCUCAUGGUCCUCUCGCCCACCACGUCCUCGUCGGGCUCGAGUGACGCGAUCGCCGACGCCGCCCGGAGGGUGCCGAAAGAAGCCGGCAAAGUCAUCCGGAGAAGGGAGGUCUCCGAGCACCCGGAGGGCCGCAAAUGCCUGCAUUGUGCCACGGACAAGACCCCGCAGUGGCGAACGGGCCCGCUCGGGCCGAAGACACUCUGCAACGCCUGUGGCGUCCGUUACAAGUCCGGCCGGCUCGUGCCGGAGUAUCGCCCCGCCGCAAGCCCGACGUUCGUGCUUACGAAACACUCGAAUUCACACAGGAAGGUGCUCGAGCUCAGGAGGCAGAAGGAGUUGCAGAGAUCGCAGCAUCAAUUCCUCCAGCAGGCCGCGGGGGUAUUCGACGUAUCGGCCGGAAGCGACGCCGGAGAUGAGUUCUUGAUCCAAACCGGCCCGGAUUUCCGGCACCUCAUCUGAAACUGGAGUCCGUCCUUUCUUUCUUCCCAUCGUGAUCUUUUCUUCCUUUCGUUUUAGACCUUUUUUUUCUAUUUUGUUGUCAAACGAAUUUUAGGUCUAGUGUAGGGGAAAUUAUUGAAAAUUGGCUCUCUCUUAUCAGGUAGUCCCGUCUUGGAGGUUCAGAAUCGGAGAAUUCAUGAAAUUUUUUUCUCCUCUGUAAAAAGACGAGCUCUCUCUCUCU